UUUUUCCUUGCCAUUUUUCUCCAUCAUUUGGUGCCAAAAUUUUUCUUCUCAUACCUUUCUCUAUUGCUUGGCACCAAAGAAUAGACGAUCUCCGUUGGUUGGGAUAUUGCUGGGCAAGGUGGCUAUUUCUUGAUUUGUUGGGUUUUGUUCAGCAGCUUUGAGUGUUCUUGGUAAUGGAAGCUUGUUCACUUUUUCCUUUUAUUGUUGUUAUAUUUUUUACUCAACCAAUACAGUUUGAUGUAGGAGAGUUUGAUAAGAGGCAGUACUUAUUUUAAAAUUAAUUUGUUGUGUGAAUUUAUUGUAAUUAACUUAACUUAGUGUAAAGCAUCUAAGCGUGCAUAUAAAUAGGGCAAAAGUCAAAGCAGUAUAAUGCUUGUAUGCUAUGGUGGGAUUUAUAUUUUAUAUGAUGGAAUAUCAUUUUUCUUCUCAUUGUUUAGGUAUAGUGGACGCUUGUUCACAUUGCACUAGACAUUUUGCUUACAAGAACUCAACACUUGGAUGAUUCAAGUUAUUUAUAUGAUUGAAAUGGCAAAAUUAUUUUUAUGAGAGUUUUAGCCACUGCCUACCAUAUAUAUUUGCAAUAAUUCUCUAAUGAACAGCUUUCUCUCUCUUCGACACGCUCUCUCUCAGCGAGCGCUGGAGCCAUGGCAAGAGGAACGGGGAAGAAAGGGAAGGCCAAAAGGAAGGUGGAGAUCUCGCCCGUGGUACGAGCGGCGAGGAGAUGAGGACCUACGUCGGCCGAUGUUCAAAAAUCCAGAACGGUCGAUGCGGUAACAGGAGUCCCAGCCAUUGAUUUCUCGGACGCAGGGGAUGACGACGGAGACUCGAUGGAUGAGGACGGUGGCUUCGGGGAGGCGCUGGGUCUAGAUCAAGGAACUCAACUAGACCCUGGCGUAGAGCAGAGCCGGCUAUUGCAGUUGGACAUGGAGAAACAGACGCCUUCUUCUCCGAGGGCUCUGUUGACGCGGGAACAAAACCAGGAGACCCGUUUGGAUGUGGCCAGUUAUCUGGAAGCAACUAUGAAUUGCAAAUCUAAUCUGAAAUCAGGUAAGGUUACCACUCCCCCCAUUUUACACUCUUCGCAUAUUGUACAAAAUUUGAGUAACAGAUUUGGGGAUAAUGAUAUUGGGGGGAAAAAGAGGCCGAACAAAGGAGUUAAAAUUGAAAUGGAAGAUAUUCAAGAUGAGAUUGAUUACUGGAAACCAUCAAUUGUUUGUUAUGUUCUAGGGGCAAACCCACCUCUCAGUGUUAUAGAUGGUUUCUGCCGUAGAAUAUGGAAAGGGGAUGUGGACAAGGUUGGUAUGCUUUCUCCUGGAGUUUUCAUUAUUAGAUUCUUAACAGAGGAGAAACAAAAUUCAGUAUUGGAUGGAGGAUUCAUAUUUUUUGAUAAGAAACCAGUGAUCAUGAAACCAUGGGAACCUUAUAAGGAUUACUCAAAAGAGGAUGUAUUGUUGGUCCCAACAUGGAUCCAAAUUCCGGGAUUGGAUAUUAGAUAUUGGGGGGAACGUUCCUUAUUCAAGAUUGUGGGUCAAUUGGGUAAUCCAAUUCAGCUAGACAGUGUGACAAAGAAUAAGGAACGACUAAAUUUUGCUAGAGUUUUGGUAGAAGUUCAGAUCCAUCAAGAAUUUCCAGGGGAGGUCUCGUUUACGAAUGAGAUAGAUCAAGAUAUCACAUUACCAAUCAAAUAUGAAUGGCUUCCAGUGACUUGUGGUUUUUGCCACGGAAUGGGGCAUACUGCUGAGGUGUGUAGGAAGAAAAUUGAGAAAAAGGAAGAGAAAAGAGAGGAAGGGAAAAAGAUGUGGGUGGUCAAGAAGGAUGUUGCGAAAGAGCAGGCAUCAGAGAAGGAAAAAGGACUUGAUGCUGAAGUCUUUAUUCCAGUUAAGAAGAAAGGGAAAAUGAUUACCUCUGUAGUUGAGCAGACCACGGUUUCGAACAAUUUUCAGGUGUUAGGGGAAAUUGGAGAAAGCUCAAAGGCUAUACAGGAAAAAGACUAUACAGUGGGAGGGGGGGGGGGGGGGGGGGGGGGGGGGGACCUCCCACUGGGAAUGGAUAGAAUUCUAAGUUGGAAUGUCAGGGGGAUCAAUAAACGCCACAAGCAAGAGGAGGUGAAAAGAAUAAUUUACACCAUGAAUGUGGGUUUAGUUAGUCUCCUUGAAACUAGAGUGCAGACCACGAAUUUAGGGUCUGUAUAUCUUAAUAUGUUUCCAGGGUGGUGCUUUACAUCGAACAGUGCGUGGCACAAAGGUGGGAGAAUAAUUGUUAGUUGGAAUCCGAGUAUGUUCUUGGUUAAUGUUUUGCAUUGUACCAGUCAAAUGAUGCAUUUGGAAGUUAUCAUGGUUAGUACCAAGGAAAGCUUUCUGGUUACAUUUGUGUAUGCUUUCAAUGAGGAAAUUGGUAGGAAUAUGUUAUGGGCUGACUUGAGAGAAGUUGCUACAACAGUGAGGAACCCAUGGCUUUUGCUAGGGGAUUUUAAUGAUAUAUUGAGUGUAGAGGAAAGAAUAGGGAGUGGCAAGACUCAUCAUUGCUCAGGGGCGUUCAAAGAGUGUAUGGAUUAUUGCCAAAUGGAAGAUGUCAAGUUCUCGGGCGCGUUCUUUACUUGGAAUAAUAAACAGGGCCCUGAAACGAGAGUGUACUCCAAGAUAGAUAGAGUAAUGGGGAAUCAAGUAUGGUUGGAUAGAUACCAGAAUGCAGAGGUGACUUUCAUGAAUGAAGGUAGUUUUGAUCACUGUCCAGCCCUCUUACAAGUCUACCCGGAAGUGAGGUCAGGAAGGAAACCUUUUCGGUAUUUCCGAAUGUGGCAAAAGGCUCCUGGUUUUUUAGAGAAACUUCGCGAGGUAUGGCAGGAGCAAGUUUAUGGUGCUCCUAUGUUUCAACUAGUUCAGAAAUUGAGGAAGUUUAAAGGAAAGUUGAAAGACUUAAAUAAGUUGGAAAUAGGUGACAUUAAUGUGGAUGUUUCUUGUAAGCUACAGGAACUCCAUUCCCUUCAGUCGGAACUCCAAAAUAAUCCGCGGGAUAAGGAGCUUAUCUUCAAAGAAAAGGAGGCUAGGGAGAGGUAUGAAGAAGCUCAGUCAAAUCUAAAUUCCUUCCUUCGACAAAAAACUAAAUUGCAUUGGCUUAAGGAUGGGGAUGAGAAUACCUCUAUGUUUCAUGCGAGUAUUAGAGCCCAAAGAAUUACUAGCCGAGUUUAUGCUAUAGAGGAUAAAGAUGGUUGCUAGGUGCACGAGCCCCACCAAGUCACAGAGGCUUUCUUGAGUUUUUAUGAAGAUCUCUUGGGAACGGCCAUGGCUCACAGGAAAAGCGUGAUGUUAGGGGUGAUUAAUCAAGGGCCUCUGAUCAACGAAUCUCACAAAAGAUUACUACAGCACCCGUAUACAGAUGAAGACGUUAAAAAGGCUACCUUCGCGAUUCCAGGAAACAAAUCGCUAGGCCCGGAUGGAUACAAUAG